GAUCAGCAUAUACGGAUGAUUAUCAUUGACUCAAUAUCAACACUCAUUACACCAAUUCUUGGAGGAGGUGGUGCACAAGGACAUGCUUUAAUGGUUUCAGUGGGAUUUUUACUAAAACGAUUAGCACAUGAACAUGAUAUCUGCAUUUUGGUCACCAAUCACAUGGUGGCCGGUGAGAAAGGUACUUCCAAGCCAGCACUUGGAGAGAGUUGGAGGGGCAUUCCGCAUGUUAGACUUCUAUUAUCCAGAGACCGAGCUCGGAACAUCAGCAGCAUGUCAGUACUUAGACACCCACACAUGGCUACAGGAGAUAGAAUUGAGUUCGAGGUACAAUGAUCAUGCUUUAUAAUGCCAGAGAAUCUUGGCUUUUAGUUUAUCAAGGUAUCAACUUGAUGUUGUCGAAUUGUCGAGGAAAAUGAAUAUUUUUGUUGGAAAAAAAGAAAGAUAUGUUGACCUUGUGAGAUGGAGAUGAAGCUACGAGACUACUACUUGUUUUUACUUUUAUAUGAAAUGGAUUGUGGUUCGUA